AUGUCGGAGGAGGUAGAAAUUAAGACAUACUUUAAGCUGGUCGACGUUGUGAAAUGGAUUGGCAUAACUCAGUUCGAAAUAUUGGUCAACUUGCUGGCUUUUUUGGUGUUCACGAUAAUGCUGUCGUUGAAAGCCUCCAGCGGCGAGCUCGCCGGACCGCUGACGGCCAACGAGUGGCUGCUCCUGUUCUCGCCCCUGUUCUGUGGUGACUUCUGUAAUGCUUACUUCUGUAUCAUCGUCGGCAUUCGGAUGUACCUGCACACCAAGCAUCGGCAGGCCAUGCACCGGCUUGUUUGGAGCAUUCCGUUCCUGCUGAUGACGUCCGGGUUUAAGUAUUUGGUUUGCAUGAAGCUAUCCGGGCAGAUUCAGCUCGAGUACAGCGAAGUGUUUUCGCCGAUUUUUGUGCUGCUGCAGAUGAUUGCGGUGAAGGCGUGCCAGUACAACCAACAAUCCUGAUCAGACGCCCCACAGCCCCGCCGGGAGCUGCUGUCGUUUGGUAAUGAUGUCGUUCUCGGAACGAUAGCUAUGCAGUAAGGAACACGCUUUCACGUACGCUUGUGACCCGUAUCGGACUGAACACGAAUAAAUUGAGCAUCAA